AUGUCUAUUAACAUCUAUCUAUCUAUCUAUCUAUCUAUCUAUCUAUCUAUCUAUCUAUGUCUAUUAACAUCUAUCUAUCUAUCUAUCUAUCUAUCUAUCUAUCUAUCUAUCUAUCUAUCUAUCUAUCUAUCUCAUAUGUGUUUAUUUAAAGAAAUAUAUUUUAAAAAAGUAAUUCGCCAAGCGGACAUAUAUACAUAUAAGGAUGUUCAUAUUCGUACAUCUCUCUCUCUCUCACUCACUCUCUCUGUCUCUCUCUCUCUCUCUCUCUCUAUCUAUCUAUCUAUCUAUCUAUCUAAGUCUGUUGACAUAGAUCUCUCUCUCUCUAUCAAAGUCUGUUCAUAUCUAUCUAUCUAUCUAUCUAUCUAUCUAUCUAUCUAUCUAGUUUGCCUGGUUCCAAAAUGGUAUGAUAUCUAUCUAUCUAUCUAUCUAUCUAUCUAUCUAUCUAAAUAUUUUGAUUUCUUUCUGUUUAUCUAUGUAAGCAUUUUGGUAUCUGUCUUUUUAUCUUUUUUCAUCUAUCUAUCUAUCUAUCUAUCUAUCUAUCUAUCUAUCUAUCUAUCUAUCUAUCUGAUUCUGUUCAUAUCUAUCUAUCUAUCUAUCUAUCUACCUAUCUAUCUAUCUAAAUAUUUUGAUUUCUUUCUCAUUUUGGUAUCUGUCUUUUUUAUCUUUUCAUAUCUAUCUAUCUAUCUAUCUAUCUAUCUAUCUAUCUAUCUAUCUAUCUAUCUGAUUCUGUUCAUAUCUAUCUAUCUAUCUAUCUAUCUAUCUAUCUAUCUAUCUAUCUAUCUAUCUAUCUAA